AUGGGCUCCCGUGUGGCCCAAGCCUCCCCGAUGUGUGCCACCCCCUCCUCCACAGCACCUGGUCCCAUCAACCGCCCAAGGGCUGAGGAAUGCAGGCAUGCCGCACAGGACUGGCGGGCAGCUCCGCCCACAGCCCUGGCACAGGAUCCACUUGGCAAAGCCAGCUGGGCUCCUGAAUUUUGGGGCCCUCAUGCAGAAUUCUUUGUGCCUUAUUCUCCAGCAAUGGAACUUCGGCAUCUAGAGAUUUCAAGCCGGCAGCCUGAAGGGCCAGUCUCACUUCCACCAUGUCCCCGCAACAGCACGGAGUGUAUUUUCAGGCAGCCGGUGAGUAGGGCUACAAGCCUCCAGCUGAGAAAGCAAAGCCAACUCACAGUUCCUCGGCUGUCCCGCGGAGCCUGCGGUGGCAAACCACCUCCUUCAGAAGGGUCUGUGGAUUCUCCUGGCUUUUCUGUCCUUGCCGGAGUUCUGCUGCUCCCGAACACAUGCCCUGAGGCAGCGUGCCUGCACAACCAGCUUCUAUCUGAAUGCUUCAGACAUGCGCUGCAUUCAGGGCAGGGACUUUUCUUGGACAGAGAAGCUGAGAAGUAUCAGAUAAAGAUGACCUGCAUGUACUGGAAAAUAAUCUGUGGUUUAUAUGUAGGCGGAUGGAAGCAAAUCAGGGAACAAAAGAAGAAUUUGUAGUUCACAGCCACAUGAGAUAGUCAAGUGUUAAAAGGGAAAAAGAGCUAUCGAAGUCAGGAAGCAAAAUGCCUUCAGAGAUAAAAGGUUAUUCGUGGCUGAGUGAAAAAAAUGGACAAUGAGCAGAAAAUAAUUUAUACUACAAAGUCUUUAGACAUCAUUUACUUGAGAGAACUGAACACUAUUUUAAAAUAAGAAUAACUGGAGUUGCAAGAAACGGAAACAACCCACAGAGCACUGUCAUAGCCAGCUGGCGCUUCAUUACAUCUUUCCACAAUUACUUAGAAUUCGCUGGAUGAAACAUUUGCUACAAAUCAUUGCUAAUGCAGCAUCUUAAAUAACCUCAAAAUGAGCCGGUAAAUUUCUAUUAAACUGCCUUAAUGAACAAUUUAAGAAAUAAAAUACUCCACUAUGUUAUAAUGCA